GGCCGACAUGUUUUGCGACCACGCGGGGGACGCGCACCACCGCGUGGCGUGCGCCGUGCUGGAGGCGGUCGUCGAGGCGGUCCCGGCGCUGGGCCCCGGGCUGGAACCCCACCUUGAGCGCCUGUGCCCCGCGCUGUUCCCGCGGCUGGUGGACGCCAAGGAGAGCGUCCGCGGGCUCGCGUCCGCCGCGCUCGCCGCCGUCGGCGACGCGCACGCCGCCGACGCCCUCCUCCCGGCGCUGCUGACGUCCUUAGAGCAGUCCAAGGCGGCGGCGGGGGCGGGGUUUCGGUCUCCGGCGAGGUUGCGCUGAGCGCGGGGGACGCGUUGGAAGGGGUCGUGGAGGCGCUCUCUCCCGGCGCGGCGAUGCGCGCGCUGUGCCCGCACGUGGGUCGGGGCGGCGCCGCUCCCGUGCGAUGCCUCGGUGGGGUCAUCGGCCGGAUGGAGCCGGAGACGCUGAUGCGGUCCACGCCCGAGCUCAUCCCCGGACUUUGCGAGGCGUUCAACUCGCCCUCCGCGGACGUGAGGAAAGCGGUGGUGGACACGCUGGUGUCGAUGUACGACGUCCUCGGGGAUUGGCUCCUGCCGCAGCUGUCGGGUUUAUCGCCCGCGCAGCAGAAGCUCGUGACGAUUUACAUCAACCGCGCGAUGGAGAAGAACGGCGUCGGGGGUGGCAAAGGGACGGCAAAGGCGGGGGCGAUAUCCAUCGGGGACGCGAGCAGGAGGCCGCUCGCGCCUCGGCACCAGUGACACCAGCCGCCGCGAUUUACGGCGCCUCAUUGAUUAAAUAAAAAUCGCGAUAUCGUAUUCGUCCCAAGCCAUGGGAGCCUCGCGUCGGGUUUAUUAGAGCGAACAAAGUCGUACUUGUAGACGGAGCUUGCAUUUCAAACGU